GUGUCCAAACAGAGACGCCUCUCAUUUUUGUCCAACUUUAUCCAAUGAUCUUCUCGGUGCAGCUACGGAAAAGCAAAACCCUCAUGCAACAGCGUAAACCGACUGCGUUGGGCAAAAGAUACGGCAGCGAUUGGGUUGUGCUACGGCCGAGAUACACUGACACCGCCUCUGCCAUCGUAACCUCGCCAUCGCCAAGAGAUCCGCGCUGACUCAGAGCUUAUUAACUCGAGGAUUCGGAUUCGAGCAUCAUCAUUCAUCGCACAAAUGGCAGCGCACCAUUACGCACGCAUCGAGCUCCCUCCCUAGCUGUUCUACCUACAGAUUGAUGGAUGGAUGGCAUUAUCAAGGUAGGGGAAUCGACCUUCAUAAUUACACGCCAUGUCGAAGGUAAUUAAUGGUCGCUGGUAGCUGUUCAAUCUCUGUGCUCAUGCAAAGCCAUAAAGUUUGCUCCGGAAUGUAGCCGUUACGAAUGCACCCGUCCGCCAUUAAUUAAGCUGCUCUCCGCCUAAGCCUUGUCCUACUUGUACCUCCCUUUUGGCUUUACGUAAAACAGCCUUUCUUCUCCUCCCUGGUACUCCCCCCAUUUGUCUCGCAUUAGCUGCUGCUGCUGCUGCUGCGGCGCUUGUCCAAGCUGUUAGAUGGAGCAGGAGGAGGAGAAGGCGGAGCAGGUUGUGGUAAUGAAGGAGCAGCAGGGGAAGCAGGAAGAGGAGCAACAGGGGAAGGAGGAAGAGAUGGUGGUGGAGGAACAAGGGCAAGUCACAGUUGCAGUGGUCAAAGAGGUGGAAGAAGAUGAGAAGGUUUACCCUUCUCCGCUUCAUUCGCACGAGGACGUGAUCAGAGAUAGGUUGGCGUUCAUGGAGAGCCUGCGUCGCUUCCACUCCGCCAUGAACACUAAGUUCAUGAUUCCUGUCAUCGGGGGGAAGGAGUUGGACCUGCAUCUCCUGUACGCGGAGGUGACUCAGAGGGGAGGGCUCGCAAAGGUGAUCGAGGAGAAGAAAUGGAGGGAAGUGAUCGCGGCGUUCAAGUUCCCGCCGACCACCACCAGCGCUUCCUUCGUGCUGCGGAGGUACUACCUGAGCCUGCUUCACCAUUACGAACAGGUCUACUUCUUCCGGACAAGGGGCGGCUUGAUCCCUCCUGCAGCUUCCUCGCAAACCAGAGCACCUCCCUGCCGGCUCGAGCACAGUUUGGUGGUCUGCGACUCCACCAUGAGGACCCCCAAAUCUCGGAAAAGGCCCUCGGAUGAGCCCCAGAACAGAGGACCUCACAACUUCACGGUCACGGGAUCGAUCGACGGCAAGUUCGAGUAUGGCUACAUGGUGACGGUGAAGAUUGGCAACGAAACGCUCAGAGGUGUGCUUUACCAUGUUCAGCAGCAGCCAUCGCCUGCCGCCUCCAAUUUGGCAUCUGCAACUCCCGAGAGUUCGAGUGUGCCAGGUGCUGGCAUGGCAAGGACAAGGCGGCGACGGAGGAAGGGAUGGCGGCGCCGCGACCCUGCCCACCCAAAACCAAACAGGAGCGCCUACAAUUUCUUCUUCGCCGAGAAGCAUUCCAAGCUGAAAGCUCUGUACCCUCACAGGGAAAGAGAGUUCAGUAAGAUGAUAGGAGAGUCAUGGAGCAAGCUCAGCGAAGAAGAAAGAACGGUCUACCAGGAUUGUGGAAGCAAGGACAAGGAGAGAUACAAGAGAGAAAUGCAGGAAUACAAGGAAAGGCUGAAGCUCGCUCAACUUGAGGAAGCUGCAAAAAUGGAGCCUUCCAAGGUUCUUACCGUAGAAGAAGCUAAAUGAAUGCAGUUUUGAUUGGAAUAUUAAACUCACAAAUAGUUUUAGGGUUGUGGUUAUUAAGAUCUGUGGAAAAAAAUACUAAACAUUCAUCUUCUGGUUCAUGCAACUAAUGUGAAAGGCUUUUGAAUUUA